UUCCUCUUUUUCCAGAUCACCGUGUUCGCCAUCGCAGCGAAGAGUUCGAAUCUGCAACUCGAGCUCCCCGUCGUGGCUCGAGGAAGAAGGGCGACGGCCGCCAUGAGGGUGCUGCAGCUCGGCUUCCUGCUCGCCCUCGCCUCCGGCUUCGUCGCGCUCUGCAUCUACAUCGCCGGCGUCUCCAAUCUCUACGACGGCUACCGGCUCUCCGACGACGAUCUGGACGCCCUGCGGGCUCUGCAGGGCCAGUUCCAAAAGUGCGUGAAGGCGAAUGGAUUGGGAUUAGAGGCGGUCGGCGGGAAGAGUGUUUGCGACGUCACCAUGAGCUUCCCUCCCGACACUGUUUCCAAAUGGAGAGAUCCGACAUCUGGAGAACCUGAAGGUUUGUCUUUCGAUUUCGAUCUCUGUGAAGCUGUGGCUACAUGGGAACAGGUCAGGAAUAGUACCACUAUACUUACCAGGGAGUUCCUUGAUGCUUUACCGAAUGGGUGGGAAGACUAUGCAUGGCGGAGGAUUAACAAAGGAAUACAACUCAACCGAUGUGAAAAUAAGACUCUAUGCAAGGAGAAACUUUCUCUGGUACUUCCUGAAACGCCCCCAUACUUUCCACGGCAGUUCGACCGCUGUGCUGUCAUUGGUAACUCCGGAGAUCUUCUAAAAACAAGGUUUGGAAAGGAGAUAGAUAAUUAUGAUGUUGUCAUCCGGGAAAACGGUGCGCCUAUCCAGAAUUAUACAGAUUAUGUGGGAAAGAAAAGUUCAUUUCGUCUUCUCAAUAGGGGAUCUGCAAAAGCCCUUGAUAAGGUUGUUGAGUUAGAUGAAACGAGGAAGGAAGUUCUGAUCGUAAAAACGACAAUCCAUGACAUCAUGAGCAAGAUGAUAAGGGUCCGUAAGUUUCCUUUUUCUCUUAAUCUGUCUCAUAGACAUGUUUGGAGCAUCCUCCUUACUUGGCACAAGGUUUGCCUUUUGCAGGAACUUCCUAUAAAAAAUCCUGUAUACCUUAUGCUGGGGGCAUCCUUUGGAUCUGCUGCUAAAGGAACUGGGCUCAAGGCUCUUGAAUUUGCUCUGUCAAUCUGUGAAUCAGUAGAUAUGUAUGGUUUCACUGUGGAUCCUGGUUAUAAAGAAUGGACUAGAUACUUUUCAGAAUCUCGAAAAGGUCAUACACCUCUUCAUGGCCGGGCUUACUAUCAGAUGAUGGAGUGCCUGGGGCUUGUCAAGAUUCAUUCUCCAAUGCGUGCUACUCCAAACCGUGUUGUGAAGUGGUUGCCAAGCCAUAGCUUAAUCAGAGCUGCUAGAAUUGCAUCAGAGAAAGUGUUGAGGAGGGUUGGAGCUGCAUCUUUGGACCCUCAGGCGGCUUGUUCAAUUAUCAAAAAGCAAAUUAAAAGGAGCUCUAGAGGACUCUCCAGUCUCAGAAAAUCGGCAAUAGACCAUGAAAGAUACGUUAGAGGGACAACGAUGUAUCCUUUGGAGCAUAGUCCUGGACAUGGCUUGCUUUGCACAGUGCCUGCCGAUUGAAUCUGUGGCUAAUUGUUUUUCAGGUUUGCUCUCUCUUUGGUGAAUAGGGCUUAGACAGAAGUGAUGGCUUUCAUCGGUGUUGCGUCUAUACCGACAUGGUUGAGUUAGAAAUAGCUGGGAGCUACUUUUGCCAAAGGCACAGAAAAAUUUUCCCCUGGUAUUUGUAACAUUCUUUGUCAGUCCUGGCAGAAUAUUUUGCACCUUAUUGGUCAAAAGGCAAGAAGAGGGUGGAGAUAUACAGUAAGUCAUUGACUAGCGCAUUGUAUGUAGGAUUAAUUAGUUCAAUUUCUGGCAUAACUAUGUCACUUAAGAUAGAAUUCUUGCUCAGUGUCAUUGUAGAGCAGGAUGUGUCUGAACUAGUUAGUCCCAGGAAAAAGGACAGUGAGGUUCUUGAGUUUGUAAUUCUCCGGAUAAAUCCUUUAGUCGGCGAGCUCUAUUGCUACUGGUCAAGUAAAUUGGCUGCCUCUGUAACCUCGAAACCUUUGUCAUGAAAUGAUGAUGCAUUUUUUGGUUUCUACUC